GCCUGCUGUGCACAGCUCAGAAGGGUUUGGUCACUAGUUGGAGGCUGUGACUGGAGUCGGGAUGUUACGCGUGGAAUAGUUUAUAAACCCGAGCCCAAAUGUUAACCCGGUAUCGCUUGGAACGAUAAUAUACGAACAUCAUUUUAAAAUGACUGAUAUUAAUAAAACAAUACAAAAAUGGCACGCAAGUUUCAAAAAGGGUACAGACUUCGAUUCCUGGGGGCAAUUAGUGGAAGCUAUCGACGAGUACCAAAUAUUAGCCAGGCAUUUACAGAAGGAAGUGCAGUCAACAGCCAAUUCAUCUGAACUCUCAGAGGACCAAAAGAAAACGAUUGGCAAAAUAGCAACAUGCCUUGAAUUAAGAAGCACAGCUCUGCAGACAACACAAUCUCAGGAAGAAUUCAAAUUGGAAGAUGUGAAGACACUAGAGCCAAUUUUAAAGAACAUUCUUUCUUAUAACAAAGAUUUUCCUUUUGAUGUUCAACCUGUCCCUAUAAGGAAAAUCUUGGCACCUGGAGAAGAGGAGAACUUGGAGUUUGAGGAAGAGGAGGAAGGUGGAGCCGGAGCAGGGACUCCUGACCUCUUCACCACCAGAGUUCCAGGAGCUGUUGAAGGUACCCUCCUACCACGACUGCCCUCUGAACCAGGCAUGGCCCUGCUCACUAUAAAAAUAGAAAAAAUCGGACUGAAGGAUGCAGGGCAGUGCAUCGACCCUUACGUGACAGUCAGCAUCAAAGAUAUUAAUGGAGUAGACCUAACCCCUGUGCAAGACACUCCUGUGGCUACAAGAAAAGAAGAUACAUAUGUACACUUUGCUGUUGAUGUGGAAAUUCAGAAACACAUUGAGAAGUUGCCAAAGGGAGCUGCUAUUUUUUUUGAAUUCAAACAUUACAAACCCAAGAAGAAGUUUACAAGCACAAAGUGUUUUGCUUUUAUGGAAAUGGAUGAAAUCAAAGCUGGAGAGAUAGUUAUAGAACUAUACAAAAAGCCAACCGACUUCAAGAGAAAAAAGCUGCAUUUGCUGACCAAGAAACCACUGUAUCUCCACCUCCAUCAAACACUGCACAAGGAGUAACGUACUGUGGACCUUGUGGUAAAUGUGGGGGAUGGAGAUGUGUUAUGUAUACAGCAGAACCCCUGUUGUGCUGGGCAGCACAUCUAUAAUCAACUACAUGCAAUAACAGCAACAUUGUUCAGUGUUCCUUGAAGACAACAUUCUCUGUCCAAACUGCUGCUGGUGCUAUUCAGGAAAUGUUACACUGGUUAACAUCCAGUUUAUUAUUUUAGCAACUGAUUAAUCCUGAAAUGUUGGACAACUUUACAACAGCGGGCUGAAUGAGAAAUACAAGUGUUACUAAUGGAGCAGUCUUCAUAUUUAAAACCACAGGCAUUGGAUAUCCAUGCUGUGAUGAUUGAGACAGCAGUUUUGUAAUUAACUGUUAAACUAAAAAAACAAAAUUAAGUGGACAAAGAAAGAAUCUUAGCUUCUGUGUUUUGACGUAUACGUGUGAUGGUGAACAGUAUGCAGUGGUACUUUUAACAAAGACCCUCUGCCUAUAUGGAAGCUUAGCUAGAAAUGUAUUUGAAGUGCCAGAGUGAGAUGUGUUUGGCCAAAGCUGUAAAAUUGUAUUCUUUGUCUAAUCAUUGUACUACAACAGCAUGCAGCACUGUUUUAUUUUUGCAUUUGUACAUAACUGUUCAUUAACACUUGUGGAAUUUAUAAUAUUUUUUGUGGUAUUAUGUGCGUGGGAAGAGAAAAGGGUUAGAACCAAGACAUUGACUGACUGCUUUAAUUCAUGCUGUGCCAAUCUGUAUAUUCAUACCAACAGUGACUUACAUGGAGAGAAAAACAAUGAGACCCAUGAUCACCACUGAGCAAUAUUCAGUCACAACCCAGUAAUUUUAAUCUUUAUUAAUAAAUUCUCAAUAGUAAAAUAAGUUACAUCUGGCCUUGCUUGUACAGGGUGUUCCUGUGUUUUUGUUCCCCCCCCCCCCCCCCCC